AUGACACACCUGGUGGGGAAACCUUUCUUCACACACCUGUGUCUGGACACACAUCGUUUCACACAAGUGGUGUUGUUUUGUAUCUACCUGUAUUUCCUCUCAGCUGUUCUUGCUUCUGAGAAUGUGGCGCUGAGAAAGCCGGCUCGUAUAAUCUCUAGUGCCUUCCCACUCGGAACGGCGGACAAGGUCGUAGAUGGCGACACCAAUGGUUACUUUUAUCACUACUCCUGUACCCACACUUAUGAAGUCACUAACACCUGGUGGAAGGUGGACCUGAUGGGCUUCUACAACAUCACCAGCGUGCAGCUCUUCACGAGGACAGAUUGUUGCUCAUCAAGAUUACAAAACUUCGAAGUGCGUGUAUCUGACCUUGACCCUACGACCUUUCCGUCCGUUGAAGGACAGCGGUGCGUCUUCUUCAGUCAACAAGUGGCUCUAACCGGAAAUUUGCUCAACUGCUCUCGUCCCAUCACAGGUCGCUACGUCAGUGUGUACAAGCCUGCCAACGAUGCUCUCACGAUCUGCGAGAUUUUUGUCUUCGGGACAAAGCUCGACUUUUCUGGUACGUACCAACUAGUGCAGGACAACUCCCGCCUCAAUUCUUCCGCUGUGACGUCACUAACAGCGCCCUCGCGCAUCGGCUGCGCUGUGAAGUGUACCAGUGACGUCACGUGCCUCGCUUUCAACGUCAUGGCGUCAGGAACAAGUUCACACGGUGUUGCCUGCGAACUUCUGGGACUUGCAGAGUUUAGCCUGACACUUCAAGCCCACACCGGAUGGAGAGCUUACAGGCGCGUGGUGAAGUGAUGAAGGGAAGUAAUGGAGAAACACAAUCGUUAGGAUAUGGACCCUGACACAAACUUCAGUAGUGUAGUACUGUAAUGAACUUUCUUCCUGAGAUUUCAUUUUCGCUGAAUGCUAUAUUUUGGUAGACUUUUAAGUGUUUGAUGUUUAAAUUAUUUUCAGUAGAUAUAUAAACACUGGUGAUGAUCUCUAAUUCGCUCUCACUCAUGUCUUCUCUAUAGGUCUUUUUUUACUUAGUCCUUUAACAUAGGUGUAUGCAUUCACUGAAUGUUUUUGCUGUGGUAAAGCACUGAAGGAAGAUCCAAGAAUAAGCAGAAAGCUGAAAGUAGACAGACUUUCCACAGUUUCAUCCUUUUUUAUCCACCUGUCUGGCACUACAAUCACCUUAUGUCCAAAGUUGAGAGUCUUGCUGUCAAUCUACACUUUUGCACACGA